AUGAACUCCAAUGGCAGCCUACCGGAUCAACCCUACCAUCAUUUCGAUCCAAACGGACUCUACAUAUUGAUCACUGGACAAGGAUUAUUUUCCCCGCACUGGGGACUUUAUCUCCACAAAGAAGGACGCGAAGGACAAAAGUUUCAGAUAGCCAAUGUCGAUGGACCAUGGCGCCACGCCGGAGGUCCUACCAAGUCAGUCGUAACUUCCAAAAACCUCAGUGUCGCUCUCAAAGUCGCUACGAUUCAGCCAGAAAAGCACGAAACUGUUAGCAAAUGCGCUUUUGACCUCCCUCUGAUAGACUAUCAAAUGUUUGGAAACAUCGAUUGUCGGACUUGGGUACAGCAAGUCCUUUAUGAUUUGAAUGCAGAUCGAAUUAUCAACCUCCCAGAGAAGGAGAUAAAGAGGAUUCCCGGAGAAGAAGUAAAGGCGCUUUUGGCUGAGGCUAAGAGGGAGGACACGUGUAUUGUUACGGAGAGUCGGUUUUAUCGCGAGUAG